CUAUCAUGUGACCAGAAAUGCAACAUUCAACCUUUGUUCCGGAGAGUCCCAUUGAAUGUGCCGCAUUGCACGCAUUCGUUUACCGAAAGAUGCUUGUACAUAAUAAAUGGAGAAUAAUCCGACUCCUCACAUUGGUGGGGUUGAGUCUGCUACUGGUAUUGUUAAUAUUGUUUAUCGUGGUUAUGUCUAGGACGUUCACGUUAAAGGAAAAUCUGGGACUUCAGUUUGCACAGUGGGAAAAUACAACCAUCAUAUCCGCCGAUAUAAGCAAACAACAGAGAGAGGUCCUUCUUGCAAAUUUCAAAGCGGCUAUUCGGAUCCCUUCUGUGUCAUUUUCGCAGACGCACCAGAACACAAGCGCUCUGCGAGAGUUCGACCAGCUUCUGAGAAGAGUCUUCCCAAAUGUAUUCUCAUCCAGCCUGGUUAAGCAUGAGGUGGUGGGUAACUACAGCCACCUGUUCACUGUACUGGGGACUGAUCCGGAACUGGUACCCUACAUGCUCCUGGCACACAUCGACGUGGUGCCGGCAAACGAGGUGGACGGGUGGGAGGCACCUCCCUUCUCUGCUAAAGAGCUGAAUGGAUUCAUUUAUGGACGAGGGACCAUCGACAAUAAACAGUGUGUCAUGGGGAUCCUUCAGGCCGUGGAGUACUUGCUAGAGCGAGGAUAUGUUCCGCGGCGAGGGUUCUACAUCGGCCUCGGCCAUGAUGAGGAGGUAUAUGGAUAUAAUGGGGCAGUGAAUAUAGCCAAAGUGCUGAAGAGUGGUGGAGUGAAGCUGCAGUAUAUUCUGGAUGAAGGCCUGGCAGUGAUGGAUGGAAUUAUAACUGGCCUGAAUGGACCGGCAGCGCUGAUUGGUGUCAGUGAGAAAGGGCAGGCCACUGUGAAACUUAGUGCCAGUACGAGGCUGGGUCAUUCUUCCAUGCCCCCAAAGGAGAACAGUAUUGGCAUUCUGGCUGCUGCAAUAACAAGGUUGGAGGAGUCCCCAAUGCCCAGACUGUUUGGCUAUGGUCCUGAGCAGAGCACCUUUGAACACCUGGCACAUAAGUUUCAGUUCCCUCUCAGGUUCAUGAUGUCCAAUUUGUGGCUGUUCAACCCCUUGCUGAGCAGGGUAAUGGAGAGAAGACCUGACAUGAAUGCUUUUGUGCGCACUACUACCGCGGUCACCAUGUUUAACUCUGGUGUUAAGGUUAAUGUACUCCCAUCUCAUGCAGAGGCCUUUGUGAAUCUGCGCAUCCACCCUGCCCAAACACUGCAGGAGGUCCUGGAUUUGAUCAAGUCGACUAUAUCUGACAACCGCGUGAAGUUGGAGUUGGUGGACGGGUUUGAUUCCCUGCCCAUCAGUUCCUAUGACGAGCAGUCAUUUGGGUACCAGAUCAUAAAGAAGACACUGCUGGACAUGUUUCCUCAGGUCACAGUGGCCCCAAGCAUCUGCAUUGGCAACACCGACAGCCGUCAUUACAUGGACCUCACCCAGGACAUUUACCGCUUCAACCCGACCUGGCUCAGGCCAGGUGAACCUGAGAGAAUCCAUGGCAUCAACGAGAGGAUGUCUGUGCAGAACUAUGAAGAGAUUGUGCUUUUUUACUUUCAGCUCAUACAGGAAAGUGACAUCCGAAUAUUACCCCCAUCUCAUACUGGCCAGCAUGAGUUGUGAUAAAAUAUUUUCAUUGUUGGACACAACAUUUUUGUUUUGUUGAGACUGGGUGAAUUAAACUGGGUGUUUACAACUGAA